GGUGUUCUGACAAUUGAAGCUACUUCCGCCUUUAGCUGCUCUGCUCCUCCAGAGAAAUGACGGCCACCCUGCGACCAUACCUCAACGCGGUGCGCGCCACCCUGCAGGCCGCCCUCUGUCUGGAGAACUUCUCAUCGCAAGUGGUGGAGAGACACAACAAGCCAGAAGUGGAAGUGCGAAGUAGUAAAGAACUGCUGCUCCAGCCGGUGAUCAUCAGCCGCAAUGAAAAGGAGAAGGUUCUGAUCGAAGGCUCCAUCAACUCCGUCAGAGUCAGCAUCGCUGUCAAGCAGGCAGACGAGAUCGAGAAGAUUCUGUGCCAUAAGUUCAUGCGUUUCAUGAUGAUGAGAGCAGAGAACUUCUUCAUCCUCAGGAGGAAACCAGUGGAGGGGUACGACAUCAGUUUUCUAAUCACCAACUUCCACACAGAGCAGAUGUACAAACAUAAACUGGUGGACUAUGUCAUUCAUUUCAUGGAGGAAAUUGACAAAGAGAUCAGUGAAAUGAAGCUGUCGGUCAACGCUAGAGCUCGUAUCGUCGCUGAAGAGUUCCUCAAAAACUUCUGAAACAGGAAUACAUUCUUCUUGCAAUCUUGGCCGUCACUUUGGAGCGUUCACAUCACAGGACAGAGACGAGACAAAACGCAGAGAGAAGUUCAGAAAUAUAAGAUGUACAGUAAAUAUGUACUGGCCAAUAAGGUUCUGCCAAUAAAGCUUAAAACUUCCCUGUGCUCAGAAAUAUUGACAUUUGUACAUAAUGAAUAUUUACACCCGACAUGAACUUCUGCCUUUUAGAACAUUGGAAUAUGUGAAGUCGGGUCCUUAAACAAGAAUCAGUAUUAAUGAGCACAGGGUUAUAUGGAAAUUAGUAUUUAAAUGUUUAUACAUACACAACACGUAUGCACAUUUCAUUUAGCUGUUUUGUUACGAAAUGAAGGCAAUCAACCAGUACACGUUUCUUGUGUUAGUACACAGAGUAGACCCUACUGUUGAUGGACCAUUUAACUGAAAAGACAUGUUGGAGGUGAAGAUAAAUAAAAACAUUAUUCUUUGUA